AAGUUUCCAACAGAAUCCCAAAAGAAUACGUUCUUAUCGGCAUUUCUCCCCACAUAACGUCAUUACCACGAGAGUUUCGCCCCGGCAAUCGAUAUAGGCACCUGUGCAAGGUUGGAGAGGUCCUGCGGUUCUGCAUUGUUCGAUGCUGCAUGUGUGCCAGAGUACGGAGUAUUCUGGGUGCUUGCUCGGAUUUACUCUGUACACUACGGUCUCGGCACGGGGGAUUGAUCGCCAAGCUUGGAUGCUGCGCUAGCCGGAUUUGGCGUAGUGCAAACUGUACGGACUAUCCGUACUUUGGCCCAAGGAGCGAGUUGUCUUGGCAAGAUGAGCCGUGCGUUGGAGCUAGCUGUGCAGGUGCCAGAGCUGAACAAGUGUCCAGAGCUUCGGAAUCAACCCGUCGUCAGCCUUGGCCGUUCAGUCGCCGCUCUUAAACGACGAGCAAGCAAUCACUCUAGCUCCCACGGCACCCACCCAAAAUGCGGCUUAUACAGUCAAUUACCACAGCACUGCUGCUUCUUGCAGCAGGCGUUGCUCAAGCCGCCUCUGCUUGGGGUUUUGACGACGGCAGCGUGCAGGUUGCUGCAAAGAAGGGCGAUUCCAUCAAGGAGAGUCUUAGUCAAAAAGGCCCUCUCGCAAACCCCAUCUCCCUCGGAAGCGCCGAUACACUGAAGCUGAUCCUGACCGCCAAGGAGAAUGGCAAGGGCAAGCGGCCGCACCAAGCAUUCCUGGUGCUGCAGGAGCGAGAGUCUGGGCUCGAAGCACCAUUUCCGCUGACGGUGAAGGAGACAGGGAAGGCGGUCGUUCAGAUUUCGCAAAAGGACCUCCCCAUCCAGCUCCGCGUCGCUACCGAGCCCCUGAAGGCGUCCGUCGUUCUGGCCUCCUUUGGAUCGGUCCAAGGCCUCGACGCGCCCGUUUUCGACCUCAAGAUCGAGCAGGACGCCGCCAUCCCACCCCCAACAUACGAGAAGCCCCUUCGAUACGGCAAGAAGCCCGAGAUCCAUCACAUCUUCCGCCCCGACCCUAAGAACCCACCCAAGCUGGUGUCGCUCGUCUUUGGCUUUGCUGUCAUUGCCACGCUACCGGCCCUACUCAUCGGCUGGGUCGCGCUCGGCGGAAAUCUGAACCACCUCUCCAAGGCUUUCGGCGCCGCGCCGCUGUCGCAUGCUACAUUUUUUGGGUCCGUACUGGCGAUGGAGUUUGUCUUCUUCUUGUACUAUACGACCUGGAACCUGUUCCAGGUGCUACCGGUCAUGGGUGCAGUCGCGGCCGUCACCCUGCUAAGUGGUACGAGGGCGCUCGGGGAGGUCCAGAGCAGGAGGCUGGCCGGGGAGCGCUGAGAAACAGCUGGUUUGCGAGGAAUAUACCGUCGCAAGAGAUCUCCGACUCUGCCUCGAGCCAUAGCUCUAGGCCCCCCAGUAAUGGUUUGCAGUAUCACCUUGAUGAGAGGUCACAGUGGAUGGGUUUUACAAUACCUACUAUGAUAUGGAUGUGGGCAACGAAAACGGAACGACUUGUUGAGCAAAAAAAAUGCAAACAUUGAAAGGCAACGGAACUAUGAAAGUUGAAA